AAAACACCCACCUGACACUGUCAUCAUUCUUAAUUUAACUGCUUUAGAUCUCAGCGGUGCUUCUAUGCAAAUACAAUAACAAUGGAAAUUGUCAAAAGCAAUGCAAGUGAUGCAAUUUUACAUUUAGAUGUCUGUGUUGAUAAGCUGUCACCUCGGCCUGGGAUAACAGAACUUCUUAAAAAACUAAGACCACAGUGGAAACCAGAAGAUAUUCAGAUCAAGGCUUUCACUGAGGGUAUCACCAACCAGUUAAUGGGCUGCUAUGUGGGCUCUCUGACAGAAGAUCCUGUUGUACUGGUGAGAGUUUUUGGACAGAUGACUGAGCUGUUUUUGGAUCGAGAAAAGGAAAAGGAAAUGUUCAGAGUGCUACACAAAUAUGGCUGUGGCCCUAGACUGUACUGCACUUUUACCAAUGGGAUCUGCUAUGAGUUUGUCAGAGGAGUUGUGCUGGAUGACAUAUUACUCAAACGGCCAUCUGUUUACAGACUGAUUGCAGCAGAAAUGGGGAAAAUCCAUGCAAUAAAGGAUGGAGAGAUUGAAAACAGUUCACCAGUGACACCAGUCCUGUGGUCCAGAUUAUCCAACUUCCUGAUCCUGGCUCAGAGUUCUGAUGCUCCAGUACAGUCAAGAUCCAGUGUCCAUCUGGAGGCACCAAACAUAAAAAUCAUCAUCAAAGAGAUAGAGGAGCUAAAGAGUCAUCUUAACCACAUCGACUCCCCAGUGGUGUUGUGCCACAAUGACCUCCUGACUAAAAAUAUAAUCUACAACCCUGAAGAAGGCACAGUAAAAUUCAUUGACUACGAGUAUGCUGAUUUUAAUUACCAAGCUUAUGACAUUGGAAACCAUUUCAAUGAAUUUGCAGGUAUCAAUAAUGUUGACACCAGCCUAUACCCUAGUUGUGAGCUUCAAUUUGAUUGGCUUACUGCUUACUUGGAGAGUUUUAAGCGGUGCAGUGGUAUAGAGUCGUCUGUCACUAAGAGAGAGGUCAAAGAACUUUACAUAAAAGUCUGCAAGUUCUCUUUGGUGGCUCAUUUCUUCUGGUGUCUAUGGGCUCUGCUGCAAGCUAAACAUUCUACUAUUGACUUUGACUUUCAGAGGGAUCAGUUAUGGUUAAGGUUACCCUUGGGUCAACACAAUAUCAGGUUGAGAGAAAUAAUCUACUCUAGAUGGACUCUGUUGCUAUCGAUUCUUAAGAUAUGCUAUGGCUAGAUUCAACUACUACUUUGAGAAGAAGCAGGAGUUCUUUGGAAUGACACUUCAGUAAUUUUUCUGCAUGGAGACAAAGACAAGCUGCUAAAUGGGCCUAUGCAUGGAUAACAAAAACUAUUAACUUCCAAAAGAUAAAAUUGAUUUAAAAUGCCUUAUAAAAAAUCCAGGCAUUAUUUGAAAUGACAUUUGACAUUUUGAACUAAAACAAAACCCAUCAGUAUAAUUUGAAUUGGAUUUCUUCUAAAAUUGUAGAAAUAAAUGAUACAGGAAAUGGGCAAAAGAGAUUAUGCGAAAACAUAAGAUGAAGAGGAAUAAUGUAAGAGUUCUCCAAAAAUGGAAAUUAAUUAUGUACAUUCGGCCUGUUCUAAUGUAUGUACUAUAAGGCUUAUAGGCUAUAUGUACAAAUAUGUACAAUUAAUUUGAAUAUUUCUUAUGUAUAACAAAACAUGUAAGAGUUGAAGAAAACUCAAUAAAGGAUCAGGGGUCUCAUUUAUAAAACUGUGCGUAGGAUCCUUACUAAAAGUCUACGUACGCACAAAAGUCAAAAAUAGCGUACACCAGCAAGCAAUGUUCCUUUUAUAAAUCACAGAUCACCUGAAAGUGUGCGUACGUGAAUCUGCCUCAUAUCCCGCCCUACACGGCCAUUUUUAACCAUAAAUAGUCAAUGCAAAUCACCUCCUGAAUGCUGAUACUCAUAUUAAUGAGACUGGCAUCCAAUUGUUAGUUCGUAAGCUAAAUGCACCCAGCCAAUAAACACAAGCCAUUGUCGUAAUCGUCCAGCAUUACACACAGGGGGUUACCGCAGCAUUUAUAUAUUUUUACUUCAAUUUAAUCGCACACCUUGCCAAAAUUACACCAUUAAUGAUGAUAAGGUAUCACUAAAAUAAAAUAGAUAUGAGUUUUCUGCUCCUUUUGUGCACGCGUCUGAUAGCAUGAGCAUUCUCCUCUGCUCUGCAAAGAGCAGACAUAUAUAAAAAAUGAAUCAUUUAAAUUUGAAAACAUAAAUCAAUUACCUUUUACCUAACAGACUUGCAUUAACUUGUACACAUGUGAGUAAAUAUUUAUUUUAGUGUAAUAGGCGAACACGUUUCUUCAUGACUGUUUUGGUUUUAACAUCAUAAUUAGUAUUAUAAAGAUAACAUAUAGAGAAAUAAUUGUCUGGGAGCUCGACGGCUAUAUUUCCACACUUUGACAUUUGAUGUUAUUUACAUUGUGUUCUGCAGUUAUCUAAUGCAGUGGUUCUCAAACUUUUUUGGCUGAAGUACCCCUUUUUAUGAUUUUUUCAAGCCGAGUACCCCUUAACCAGACAACAACAUUAUGCUUUAAAAUACAGUGAAAUGAGAGUGAGGUACAUUUAACCAAAUAAAACAUAUUUACAAGACUGACAGAUGUUACUUACUUGAAUAUAUAUAUAUAUAUAUAUAUAUGCACAGCAACACCACAAAAGAAAGUAAACUUUAAGUAUGAAAUGAUAACAGGAGCAGCAGACUCCGUGUAUCUCCGUUGCUGAAGCUGCUGAACUGAAACCUUAGCGCGUGCGCCAGACAAGAUCAACAGGUUGAACUCGUACAUACAUUUUGUACAAUGUGCUUUAAAUUUAUGAUUUUUUUAAUGCAUCUUUGUGUAGUCCUAAUGUCAUGUAAAAUACUAUCAUCAUGAUUUACAGAUUUUAUUGAUUUAUUCCUAAAUGUCAGUUUCCACUUUCACUCACGUACCCCCUGCAGUACCCCAAAGUACCCCUAGGGGUACGCGUACCCCCAUUUGAGAACCACUGAUCUAAUGGAUGCAUAUUUGAUGCUAUCCUGUAUUCAAUGCAGUCAGGCCAUCUCACACUCCCGUAUCUGACAAUGUGACCUUGAGACAGCGCUGACUAAAUAUUUAAAAUGAUUUUUGAUUUAAAAUAAAAUUUUACAAGAUGUAUAUGAAACAAUUUCCACUUAGUACAAGUGCAAAUAACACUGCUGGAUUUCAUAGUCAUGAUAACAUGGAUCUAACGUAUAAAAUAGAGUGAAAUUAAAUAUGUGCGUGUUAUCAAUACUUAAAAUCGUUCUUGUCAUAUUUACUUUCUUCAAUCUAAUUUCAGUUUACUUUCUCUCCAUCUGUGUCGCCAAUUCCCAUUAAUUGUCUCCAGAAUGUGAGUAUGCAUGGGUCAGUUUGCUUACAGGUGUGUACUGCCCUUCGGCUGUGUCGGCGAGGGAUUGCAAAGUUUUUUUUAUAGAUCACAACCUUUGCGUACGCACGUUUUCAGCCCCGUUUUGUGCAUAUGCACGCUUUAUAAAUGAGGCCCCUGAUGUGUACAGUGUUAAUUUUGACAGCAGAUGUUUUUUAGUUUUAGUCAUAGUCUUUUUAAUAAAAUGCUAUUUAGUUUGUCACAUUUUAGUCAUCUGAAUUGUUUUAGUUUUAGUCUAGUUUAAGUCAACUAAAUGCCAUGUGAGAUUUUAAUGUGUUUAAAUCACCGAUUCUUGAAACUUUGGCAAAAACAUGUCCCACUAAGAAAAGUGCUAAUUCUGUUGGAAAUUAAUAACAUUUUCAUGAAGAAAAAUAAUCAAUGUUAUAAUCAGGGGGUCCUUUGCACAUAUGUAAGGUUCUUUUAUAGGUUUAUUUUUAUUUUUUAUUAAUUUAAUGAUUAUAUGCUGGCCCAUUGCUUACAAAAUCAGUUGUCCCCGGUUAAGAGAUAAUCAUUUCAACUUGAUUAAAAAACCAAAAGUAAUAAUUGAAUUGAAUAAUAUAUUUACCACAUGAAAGGGUACAUUGUAAUAUGUAUUAAAAACUACAAACAGUGUGUUUUGAACAAUAUUUACUAUUAUUUUAUUAUUGCUCAAAAUGUGUUCCACAUAUUCGUCACCACCGUCAGAUAUUUAUAAUAAGCAAUAAAAUCAGACAACAACAGGGUUAACUGUAUUCCUGAGGACCCCAUUUUCAAACCUUCAGCUCUACUGCAUGCUUCAAGAUCACUCAAGCUCCUAGUAGUAUGUUUGCUAUUUUCUCUUAAAUUUGUUCAUAUUUUUGGACACUGCUACUGUGACAAACAUAACAUGUCAACACCGUCAUCUUUGUAAAAAAGUACUAGAUUAGAUUAUGAAAUAAAUGUAUAAUUUUUAAAAAGAGUUCUGAAGUAGUUAGCAACAGAGGGGAAACAAGAUGGCUAAUGUGAACAACUCAUCUAUUUCUUUUUAUCUAUAUUAGGUUUUUGUCACCACCGUCAGAUGUCACCACCGUCAGGUUUUCUGUCUUUUCUGUCAGGUUUUAUGUAUUUUAGAAAGUUAUGAUUUGAUAUUUGUUCAUCACAGUGCUCAGGAUUGUUAUUUUUUGGAUCAAAUAUUUACAUAAAGUUUAAGCAAGAAGCCAUUGACUUGAGUGGUAUACAUUUUGGAAUAAUGAGGCCAAUGUCAACACCGUCAGACGGGGUUUUAUUUGUUUUAAAUGAAUAUGCUUACAAUAUGUUUCUUCAGUGCUGUUGAGUUAUUAUAUUAAUUGUCUCUAUUAAUAAAAAAAAUUACUUUUUCUAUUUAGGCUUAAAGUAAAUGUUGUAUGAUUUAUAACUGGAAAAACGCCUAUUUUAUGAAAAAAUACGAACAGGGGAGGUUGCACCAGUAAAUUGCUGAACAGCCAAGACCUUGUUCUAUAAUGAUAUACCUUCAGAUUUUGUAAUUUAACUAACUUUUUUUUCCAAAAUUUAACUAACUUUUUUAUUCAAAAUUUAAACCUGUUUUAUCCAAAUUCCCAAGAAUCACUGAAAUGUCAUUUUAACUAAACAUUUUAAAGUCUAAUUGAAUGUGUUAUGCUGACAAAUAUGUAACUGCUGUGAUAUAAAUAUUCUUAUUUAUCCUGAAAAAAACAUAACCUUAAUAUUUCAGAAAAGCCCAGUAAUUAGAGUCCAGUAGGUUGUAAAAGUUUAAUAGGUUGUUUUCAGGUUGAUUAGGACACUUGUAACAUUCAUUUCAAUGCCUGAAUUUACCCUCCAUUGUUUAAACAAAGAGACAGUGGAUACUGGACU